GUCCACGCACGCCUUGUAUUCCAUUCAUUCCCCUUCUUGUUUCUUUUCCUCUCGGGUCAUCACUCUAUCAUUUAGUAUUCUGCCCCAGCUAAGUAUCGACUAAAGUGUUAGCUUCCCUCCUUCCGAACUCUAAGGACUAUACUAGAUUCCGCUCUCCUCACUUUGAAAACCCCCACUCCUUAACGGCUUUGAGAAUCUCUUUCGCCAGGUUCCUCACUGUCGGAGCCGGCCUACGGGGCCGUUGCCACUCUCUUGGAGAACACCCGGCCAUUCAUUCAUCCUCCCAAGCAUUCUCCUUUCGGGGCACUGGGAACCCUCUACUAGGCCGGUACUUCGUACCCAUGGUCAAGCUUGGUUCCUCGGGUGCACUUUCUUUUUCGUAUGCUCGUUCCUUUUGCUUGGAUGGCCGCUAGGAGCAUGUGGUCCCAUGUUCGGAAUUGAUCGUUAUCAUGGUGGAACUGGCACCAUGACCACAGAGGAAAAGUACCUCUUCCCUGCUCCCCUCCCCUCCUUUAGGUUUCUGAUUUUCUUUUCCCCGUUCUACAAUCCCGGAAUAUACUACUAUCGAAUGGAUCCUUCCAAUAAUACCGUGAAUAUCCCUUGCUGGGCGCUUGAUAAGCCUCGUGUCCACCAGUGAGGUUCGCCACACUCCGC